AUGUCAUCUACUGGCUCUCUGAAUCGCGUUGAUUUCCAACGAUCUGGCGCAAAGCGACAGGAAUGGCUCAGCGACCCUAGAGCUCAACGUUGCCCUCUAACUAUCUCAACUCUUAAACUUGAUGACCUCCAACAAUCCUGGCGAAUCGACCGUGAACAAAUUUCCCUCCCAAGAGAAUACCAUCCCCGAGUCUCUCGAGUUAGAAUUCCCCUAGAAGCCAAUUUUUAUAGAACCGAAGCCGUACCACGCAAUGUCUAUGCCGAGUGGACUGGAAUCAUUGGACCAGGUAUGAUCAUUAUUGAGUCGAUUGGACGGUCAAAUAACACAGUGACUCCCCUUCCAUAUGCAUCCGAACUAACCAAAGCUGCCUACGAAGAGUACUUUGAUCCCCAGGGUCUGAAGUACGUUUUCGUGGAUAACAUUGUUAACGAGGAGACGAAUAGUUUCAUGUGGACAUUCAUCUACCCCGAGUGGACAAAAGGUCUGCGUGACGCCCCGCCUAAGUCUUUUGCAUAUAAUACAGCUGACUACCAGGCGCUUCUUGGUACUAGAAUUGGUAAGGUUGUUGUGUAUUUUCUGUUGAAUACCUUUGCUAGAGGCACUCGGCGCAUUACGAAGAUUGUUAGCUGGGUCGAGAACUACACCCUUCAGUUGCGGUUUGAUAUUGAACAAUUUAUAUAG